AUGCCUUCCUCAUCUCACCUCCGCAUCCAAACCUCCUUUGAGCCUUUCACGGCCGAGACCACCCGCUCCCACUUCGUCGCCGCACCACCAGCCAAGAAGCAAAAGAUGUCUCUCACCCAGACCUACUACAUUGCUGCCUCUGCCCGCUCCAAGCUCGGCAAGGAGGCAUGCAGGGCCGACCACAACCUCCGCCUGCUCGUCGGACACGCAAACCUCCUCGACAGCCUCAUGAUCGAACUCCAAGACGCCGAACGCCAGCAAGAGCAGUGGUUCAACCAGACCAUGGCCAAGGCCUCCAAGGCUGAGGAGCCCCGACACAUCCAGUGGGCCGACAGCAUUGCCGAGGAGCUUGACGACGACGAAGACGACGACUCCUCCGUUUCCGACUCCGACUCCGACAAUGACGACGACUUUGACAUGAUCCCCAUGCCCCGUCGCAUCGCAUCCGCACCAGUACAAAUCAGCACAAUGGAGGUGGACGAGGACGACUCGGAGGACGAGGACGACUUCUACGAUGACAUGGAGGACCACUCUGAACUUGCCCUCACCCGUGUACCCUCGCAAUCGCAAUCACCACCCGAGCUCACAUUCGAAGAGGAGUCGGACGACGAGUCACCACCAACAUCGCCACCACAAUCAACCCUCAACUUCUCAGACAAGGAGGGCAUGCUCACAACAACCUUCUACGACACCAAGCCAAAGCCACAAUACCUGGAACACGACCAGCCACUGUUCAUGGACACCAGCUCUCCGCUCAUCUCAAGUUAUUAG